GCCCCCAGGUCUUCUACAACCGACGUACACGGUUGCUUUCGGAAUCCUCGAUCGAGCACAUACAACGUUCAUUCUGCUCAUGUCGUCUCCGCCUGUUGGACUGCUAGAUAAUCCUGUGACAAUCGAUUCAGAUGACUGCUUGACCUGGCAAGAAAGUCCUCGUUUGCCUCCUCCAUCCAGUGAUUUUUCUGUUACCGGUAUUAAUCAUACGGGAUCAGUUCUAUACAUGCCUGUAACUUCACACCGGAGGCGGAAAAAGGCAGUCCGAUUUUCUGUAGUUGUGGUGUAUUCUUUCGCACGCGAGCAGGGGUUCUGCACUAUUCCGGAUACUGGUUGGUGCUCUUUGGGUAUGGCCUGGCAGCAUUUUGGCGUUUCUAGGUACGACAUUCAUCAUCAUCAACUUCUUGCUCGUCUGAGGCGCAAACACCACCAUUCAUCGCUUAGGGGAAAACGUUAUUGGGGAUUGAAGAGAAAAGAAUCUGUGGCACGACACUGUACUUUUAAUAUGGCUAGCAAAAGCGCUUCAUUUGAUGGUUCACUCCAUUGUAGUCCAAAUGUCUCACAUAAGACCUUGGGUAUUGCAUCCCCACCGCCCUUGUCUCCUCAUACUGACGGCGACCAGGCUGCAAUUGCCACUUUCGGAUGCGACGAAAACGGUAUUUAUUCGCGAUUCACUCCACCUCCGCCCUGCCUGUCUCCACCGUCACCUCGUCGAGUUCUCGCACACCUCAACGAAUCCUUCGGCAAUGUCAGUUUCACCCUCUCAGACGCGCUAGAAACGGACUCCGAAGCAUCAGUGGAUCAGAUAUCGACCUCACUGAAACCUGCUCAACACAAAAAGAGGAAGUUAUCACCUAUUCACGCGUCUGUUCGUUUACGUCUUCUGAGGGAAUCAGG